UGUUGCUUCCCCACACAAUCUAAAACACUGAUCAAUAAUCACAGUUCAGAGUUGAGAGAGAGAUGAGCAGUGGCAGUAGCAGCAGCAGCAUGACAACUGAAGAAGGCGAUGCAGAGAAUGUGAAUGUGAUCCUACUACCUGGGUUCAGAUUCUACCCCACUGAUGAGUUGCUGGUCAGCUACUACUUGAGGAACAAGAUACAGGGCACCGACUCUCAUUUCUGCCACCUCAUCCCUGAAAUGGAUGUCUGCAAGUACGAGCCCUGCGAUCUUCCUGCAUUCUUCCCAGAAGUCCAUGAGAAGGAGUGGUUCUUCUUUACCCGGCUCGAUUACAAGUACAACAACGGCACUCGCUGCAACCGGGCCACGGAUCAAGGCUUUUACAAGAUCACAGGAAAGGAGCGGGAGAUCAGAGCUGAAGAAUCCAAGGCUGUGGUUGGGAAGAAGAGGACCCUGACAUUCUACGAAGGUCGUGUACCGAAAUCAAAGAAGACCGAUUGGAUAGUCCAUGAGUAUUAUCUCACAGAAACUGAGGUGGGUUCUAAACCCACCAAGCAGAAGGACUUUGUCCUCUGCCGCCUGAAGAACAAGUCAGCUAGUUAUAAGUAAAAGAAAUGGAUUGAA